GGGUUUGAUUUUUGUUUUCUUCCCAGGAGAGGAGUAGUUGCAGUUUUGCCCUCAAUCGGAGUUGGCUGUCGUGGUAAAAAUAUUUCUUGACUUUUGCUUGGGUUGAGGUGGUUAGUUGUUCGGCUGUCAUGAAUUGUUUACGUAUUGUUAUGUAGUUGCGACGCAAGCGGUAUUGUGGGAGCCAACCAGCGGAGGGGCUGGAUGCGCAGUCAGCUUUUGGUGGAGCUAUUCAGUCAAUUUUUUGUCGUUACAGUACAUUUCGCGUUUCCGGUGUGUGAGAGAGAAAAAGUGAGUAGUAGCUAACCGGAGAUGCGAAAGCGAAGAGGUUGCAUGGCUGGGAAGCUGCCGCUGCAUCAGUCGGGUUGUUCUGUGAAAGCUUCCUGCUGAGGUCGCAGUGCCAAGCGAAGAAAACAUGCGAUGACGAAGAAACUGAAUUGAGUGUAGGUGCUGUACGUAUGAUUAGGUCGAGUUUAAGGGUAGGGAGGGGGAUAAAGCUUGGGUGUGAAGUAUCGUGCAAACGGGCGAAUGUCGUGGGAGUUGGACUGAUCAAGUCGCACUGCUAUUCUACUUUCACAUAAACUCUUCUUUCGCUGUUUCAAAGAGCUUUGUCUCAUUUCUGACGGGGGUUUUCUUCUUCCAUCUUCUCUCUUGUAAGGCGCUAUUAUUCGGUGAAAAUUUUCUUCCCGUGAAAGGGGCUAGCCGGUUAAAUAACGUUGAUGGUGCACCGGUUUUCUUCUUUCGUUUUGAGCGACGCAUAAGAGGUAUCGACUGCUAGGGAGGGUUGCAAGCAAGCUCCAAUUUUAAAUGCAAAGCGCCCCUACUUAGAUUUUAUGGUGGACUGCGCUUUUGGCGUUGCAGCAAUUGUGGGCUAUGGUGAGGGGCAGAAAGAACAUGUUUGAUAUUGCGGUGAAUCAAGGUCUUGGAUGAAGCUCUUGGUUCAAACCAUUUUAUAACCGGCUGUGUGCCCAUCUAGAGCGUGAAACUUUGUCGGAGUUGGUUCGAGUCUUGUUUUCAGUUUUAUUUUUGGAGAAAUUCUUCGACAUGAGGGACGAAGCUUUUCGAUAAGUGUUUCCUCCGUGUGCCAUCGUAGCACGAGUAGAGUGGAGUAUGCAGGAAAGGUGCGCGAGGCAUAGAAUUAUUUAGUUGGUGGUGUUCCAAAUCCACCGUGAUGAGUUAUCAAGUGAGGCACUAUCAACCAAGUUGCAGCAGAUUUCGUAGUGGAAGGUUCAAUUCUUUGGCUCCGCCGCCUACUCCUGGAUGUCAUCACUCCAACUCGAUGUCAUCUUCUCACAAGUCCGUGCACCCGGAGCCCAAGAAGCGGAAAUCGUGUCCUUUGGCCGCUGCGUUUCUAGAUCCAGGACUUUGGAAGUUUCUCCCUGACGAUUUGUUGGAGAAGGUAGUGGCAUUCAUGUCGUUUCCUGGUCUGUUUAGGUGCCGCGCCGUGAACAAACGGCUCAAGGAUUUUGUGUUCUCUGAGAAAUUUCAAGAAGCUCGAUCGUGUGUUAAGUCUUGGGAUGUCCUUUCUCCGAAAACUCAGUACCUUCUUAUUUUUGCUACAAUCAAGGGAGAGAACUUGUGCUGUGCUUAUGACGCGGCUUGGAAUCGGUGGCUGUGCAUGCCUCCAAUGCGGGGACUUGACCCUCGAGCCAAAGAUUGCAUAGCAGGUGACGGUGGACUUUUGUGUUUUAGAGACGUGAAUGAGGAAGGAAUUGCAAGUUUGUUUGUGUACAGCCCUAUCACAGCGCGCUGUAUAGAGCUACCGGCGAUGCACGUUGGUAACUCCAUGAUGCAGCAUAACUGGCUGUUGACGCACAUGAUCUUCAAUAGAUUCACAAGCUCCUACAAGUUGUUGGUCCUCACUAAAAGAACCUCCUGUCAAGGCUUAGCGCAUAUGGAGAUAUACGAAUCCCUCACACGAACGUGGUCCAUCGACAACAACUUGUCUGUUAUUGAAAGGAAGUACAAGCUGAGCUUUCCAGCACAAGUGGGAGCAUGUUGUGACAAUUUUUUCUACUUCGUGGCCAAGGAGGGGAUUCUUAGGAGUAGCAACGUCAUGGGACUGGUCGUGUACGACAUUUAUGAGGGCAUUUUCCGAGAGAAGCUUCUGUAUAGAUGUGAGCCGAGAUGUCCAGGAAGCAAGAUCGAAGUGCAGGUUGUGGAAUGCAAGGGCUCAGUAUACAUGGUGGUUCGCGAGGAUGACUGUAAGGGUACGAAGGGAGUUUCCUUUUGCAUGCUGAAUCCUUCCAAAGAGCAGAAGAUCGAGGACGCUGUGUUGUUCGAGAGUUUUUUUGCGAAGUGGGGCUCCAAGUUCCCCUCCUAUCGGUGUGUUUCUGUCCGUGAUGAGCUGGGUUUACUCCUUUAUGAUAAGUCAUUUCAGGUCCUAGCAGACGACUUGUCCGAAGAGCUCAAGCUACCACCCUGUCCUUUUCAAGGACUGGCUAAUUUUGUUCCCUCCACAUCCGUGCUUUAUCGCAACAAACCGUUGCACUUGUAUUAUGCUACACAUAAUGUGGUUUCGGAGGCUCACUUUCAGCCCAACGCGAUAGCCACAGUGUAGGUGCAGAGUAGCAAACAAGGUUAGUCUUAAACUACAGGAGAUUUUUUUGGUGAUCAUUAGGUGUACCACAGUGAUCGAUUCUGCAGGAUCUACCAACUCCUACAUGAAACGAUCUACCAGCUUACCUUACAUUUGGUAUGACUCUAGACACAAAUCAUAUAGCACACGAGGAAUGCCUUUCACCUAUGUAAAUACUGUUCCAGUUUGAGACAUGUUUAGUGAGACAUGUACUAUCCAAUCGUUUUCAAGACGUGUCGAGGAACAUUUCUUUUUAGUUGGUUCCCGUCUCCGCAGGGGUACUUCCCUGUUAUUUUUUAUUGCUUGUGUGCAUUGCCACCUUCCGUGUUAUGCUCCACGGAAGUGACACAUGCAGAGCUCCUCGGAAACCCACUUCAUUCAGGCGCUGUUCACGUGUCCUAUCCCAAUAAAUAUAAACAUGUGAUCGGUGAA